AAGAUUAAGUACAAUGAAGACGUGUACAAUGCCUGCAUGGACGCAUUUGACUGCUUGCCGUUGGCAGCCCUCAUGAACCAACAGUUCCUCUGCGUUCACGGUGGUCUUUCUCCCGAAAUCCAUUCGCUGGAUGACAUCAGAAGGGUAUGA